AUGCCCUUUGCUGUAAUUUCGCAGCUCAAUGAACGGUCAACGCUUCUUAACCUGAAACGCGAGUUCGGAGACCCACCGUCUCUCCGGCUAUGGAACGACACUUCUUCUCCGUGCGAUUGGUCGGAGAUCACCUGCGUCGACGGAAACGUCACCGGGAUAAAUUUCGGGAACCAGAACUUCACCGCGGCAGUUCCGGCGACGAUAUGCGAUUUCCCGAAUCUCGGUUUCCUCAAUUUGUCGUUUAACUACUUCCCCGGCGAGUUUCCGACCGUUCUUUACAACUGCACGAAGCUUCAGCAUCUCGAUCUCUCCCAGAACAACUUCAACGGCACACUUCCCGCCGACAUCGACCGUCUCUCACGAGAACUCGAGCAUCUCGACCUCGCGGCUAACGGCUUCUCCGGCAACAUCCCGAAGAAGAUCGGUCUGCUUUCGAAGCUCAAGGUUCUGAAUCUCUACCAGAGCGAUUACGACGGUACGUUUCCGUCGGAGAUCGGGGACUUGCUGGAGCUCGAAGAACUCCGUUUGGCGUUAAACGACAGGUUUUUGCCGGCGAAGAUUCCGACGGAAUUUGGGAAAUUGAAGAAACUGAAGUUCUUGUGGUUCACAGAGAUGAAUCUAAUCGGUGAAAUCCCGGCCGUUGUUUUCGAGAACAUGACGGCUCUCGAGCACGUUGACUUGGCAGAUAACAAGUUAUCGGGUCAGAUCCCAGACGUCUUAUUCGGGUUGAAGAAUCUGACCGCUCUCCUUCUCUACGCAAAUGACCUAAUCGGAGAGAUCCCCAAAUCGAUUUCGGCGACGAACCUCGUGGAAUUUGAUCUCUCCGUGAACAAUUUGACCGGUUCGAUUCCGGAAGCAAUCGGCAAUCUAACGAAACUAGAGUUUCUAAACCUGUUCAACAACCAGUUAACCGGAAAAAUCCCGCCGGCUAUCGGAAAAUUACCCGGUUUGAAGGAGCUGAGACUCUUCACCAACAAGUUAACCGGAGAAAUACCGGCGGAUUUCGGGUUUUAUUCGAAGCUAGAGGGGUUCGAAGUGUCAGAGAAUCAGUUAACCGGAAAACUGCCGGAGAAUUUGUGCAAGGGAGGUAAGCUUUUGGGCGUUGUUGUAUACUCUAACAAUCUCACCGGAGAUAUCCCGGAGUCGCUCGGGGAUUGUGGAUCCCUCCUCACCGUUCAGCUACAAAACAAUAACUUCUCCGGCGAAUUUCCUUCCCGGAUCUGGUCCGCUUUAGAUUUGUAUAGUUUGAUGCUGACUAACAACUCCUUCACCGGAAAAUUACCGGAGACAGUUGCUUGGAACCUCUCGAGGAUCGAGAUCGAUAACAAUCGAUUUUCCGGAGAGAUUCCGAAGAAAAUCGGGACUUGGUCUUCUCUAGCUGUCUUCAAAGCCGGAAACAAUCGGUUCUCCGGUGAGAUCCCAAAGGAAAUCACAUCUCUCUCAAAUCUCCUAACCAUCUUCCUCGAUUCCAACAAUCUCUCCGGCGAAUUACCAGAUGAGAUCAUCUCAUGGAAGUCCUUGAUAACGAUAAACCUAUCCAGGAACAAGCUCUCCGGGAAAAUCCCGAGAGCUCUAGGAUCGUUGCCAGGCUUGGUCAAUCUCGAUCUAUCGGUGAACCAACUCUCCGGCGUAAUCCCUCCGGAGAUCGGGAAAUUAAAAUUCACAACGCUUGAUCUAUCAUCAAACAAGCUCACCGGAGAAAUCCCAAACCAACUUGAUAAUCUCGCCUACGAGAGAAGCUUCUUAAACAACUCCAAUCUCUGCGCAGACAAACCGGUUAUCAACUUACCGGAUUGCCGGAAAAUGCUCGGGAGCUCAAAAGGAGUGCCGGGGAAAAUCCUCGCCAUGAUUCUAGCCAUCGCCGUUCUUCUUCUCGCCAUCACUCUCCUCGUCACGUUCUUUGUGAUCAGAGACUACACAAGGAAGCGAAGAAGAAAGAGAGGCUUAGAGACGUGGAAACUAACUUCCUUCCACAGAGUAGAUUUCGCCGAAUCCAACAUCUUGACGAAUCUGAUGGAGCACAACGUGAUCGGAAGUGGAGGAUCGGGAAAAGUUUACAAGAUUUUCAUCGAAUCCUCAGGCCAAUACGUGGCGGUGAAGAGGAUAUGGGACAACAAGAAGCUCGACAAGAACGUUGAGAAAGAGUUCAUCGCUGAAGUUGAGAUUCUUGGAACUAUAAGACACGCGAAUAUAGUGAAACUACUCUGUUGUAUCUCUAGAGAGGAUUCGAAGCUUCUUGUGUAUGAGUAUCUUGAGAAACGAAGCUUGGACCAAUGGCUACAUGGAAAGAAGAAGAGAGGCACUGUAGAGACCAAUAAUAACAACCUGGACUGGUCACGGAGGUUGAAUAUUGCGGUUGGAGCAGCUCAAGGACUUUGCUACAUGCAUCAUGAUUGCACUCCGGCGAUCAUACACAGAGACGUCAAGUCGAGCAACAUCUUGCUCGAUUACGAAUUCAACGCCAAGAUUGCUGAUUUCGGUUUGGCUAAAAUGUUGGUUAAGCAAAACCAACAACCUCAUACCAUGUCAGCUGUUGCUGGAUCCUUCGGUUACAUUGCUCCAGAAUACGCAUAUACAUCAAAGGUGGAUGAGAAGAUCGAUGUGUACAGCUUCGGUGUGGUUUUGCUUGAGCUGGUGACGGGGAGAGAAGGAAACAACGGAGAUGAGCACACGAACUUGGCAGAUUGGUCGUGGAGACAUUACCAAACUGGGAAACCGACGGCAGAGGCGUUUGAUGAGGACAUCAAAGAAGCUUCCAAGACUGAGGAGAUGACGACUGUGUUUAAGCUAGGUCUUAUGUGUACUAAUACAUUGCCUAGUCACAGACCUACCAUGAAGGAGGUCUUGUAUGUUCUUCGCCAACAAGGACUUGGGGCGACCAAAAAGACUGCGACAGAGGCGCAUGAAGCACCUCUACUCGUUAGUUUAUCGGGUCGGAGGACGAGUAAAAGGGUAGAAGAUGAAGAUUUAGGUUUUGUAUAA